CAGACUGUAUGUGUGCCAGAGGGAUCUCCGGAUAUCAAACCCGUAGAGCGAAUUCCGCUGAAGCGAUCUGGAUCCCGGGAAUGAAGAGCGGCCCGUCUUCUGACCGAAUCUAGCCUCAAUCGAAUCAAGAUUCGAAAUCUCGACGCCUCAUCAAAAGGAGGAAUCAUUGAGACUCCCGAAACCUUUCCGUGAACGUUGCCUCUCCGUUCCCUUCUCCAUUCUCUGAGGAUUAUUAGCGGGGUCGGCGCAUGAGGCAGUGUUCAACGUUCAGAGCUCUGAGCCAUACACCAAGCCUGUGCCUUUGUUUGAAGCAGAGCUAGUUCCCUGGGAUCUAGUUCCCUAGAGUCAUCAUGUGGACGGUCAUAGCAGGGAUUUGGAAGUAUCUGUGGGUCUUCUGCACAACCGCCGGCCGCGACCUGAGGGCUCUCUGCCGGAUGACCGCCACUGCCAUUUACUAUCGAUGGGCACUCCGCUACGAUUACACAGUGGUCGACAUUUUCGAAAAGAAAGUCUUGUCGAACCCGAACAAAAUUGCUUUUCGGACCGAGGACAGACAGUGGACGUUUCUAGAGUUCAGCAGAUGCGUGAAUCAAGUGGCGAAUUGCUUCCAACAACUGGGUUUCGAGGCCAAGGAUGAGGUCUGUCUGUACAUGGAUUCUCGACCCGAACUCGUCAUGAUGUGGCUCGGUCUAUCGAAAAUCGGAGUCGUUUCCGCCCUGGUAAAUAACAAUCUCCGCCUGCAACCGCUGCUCCACUCACUGAAGAGUGUCACGCCGAAGGCGAUUGUUUUCGGCCCGGCUCAAGCUCAGGGUUUGGAAGAUAUCGCAUCUGAAAUCACGUCGGAGAAGUCAAAAAUGAGACUCUUCUGCCUUGGCACUUCAAAAAUCGCUUCCCGAAUCGGCGCUGUGGAUCUCGAAGAUCUCUUGAGGGCCUCCGCGAUGACCGCGCCCCGCGUUCAACAUAAGGGCUCUGUUCAUGACAAAUUGAUCUACAUCUAUACUUCCGGAACAACUGGACUACCCAAAGCGGCCGUCAUCAAGAAUUCCCGCUUCAUUUCCAUGGCUUCGAUUGUCAGCAAUAUCACACCUUCCAGACCGUCGGAUAUAUUUUAUACUUGUUUGCCUCUGUAUCACACUGCUGGCGGAAUAUUGAGCGUGGGUCAAGCCUUACUUUUCGGGAACACGGUGUGUGUUCGACCGAAGUUCUCCGCCUCAAAUUUCUGGAAUGAUUGCAUCAAGUACGAUGCAACGGUGACUCAGUACAUCGGAGAGAUAUGCCGAUAUUUGAUGGCGCAACCGCGGAAGCCCGAAGACGGAUUGCACAAAGUCCGCAUGAUGUUCGGCAACGGACUCCGGCCACAGAUCUGGACGGCUUUCCACGAGAGAUUCAAAGUCAAAGAACUGAGAGAAUUUUAUGGCUCGACUGAAGGCAACGCUCACGUGAUGAAUAUCGAUAAUACUGUGGGAGCCGUCGGUUUCGUUUCGCGCAUCGCGGAGAAUGUCCAUCCCGUUCGGCUGAUACGGAUCAACGAAGUCACUCUGAUGCCCAUGAGAGACCAGUCUGGAUUGUGUAUUCCGAGUCGACCAGGACAAAUUGGUGAACUCGUAGGGGUGAUACGCGAGAACGAUCAUAUCCACGCCUUUGAUGGCUAUGCUUCGAAAACCGCGACCUCAAAGAAAAUGUACAGGGAUGUCUUCAAGAAGGGUGAUGCUGCCUUCGCCUCCGGAGACUUACUCGUUAUGGACGACUUCGGGAAUCUGUUUUUCCGAGAUCGGAUCGGGGACACCUUCCGCUGGAAGGGUGAGAAUGUUUCCACGUCUGAAGUCGAGGGCAUUGUCUGCAGGGUAUCAAGUAAGGCAGACGUGGUAUGCUAUGGGGUCACAGUUCCGGGUUCGGAAGGCAGAGCGGGCAUGAUAGCCAUCGGAGACGACGACAAUUCAGUCGAUCUUAAGGCCAUCUACGAUGAGCUGAAAUUGAAUCUGCCCAGAUAUGCCGUGCCCCUGUUCGCGCGAAAACUCAGAUACAUAGACAGAACCGGGACGUACAAAUUGAAGAAAAGAGAAUUGCAAAAGGAGGGCUUCGAUAUCAACGUGAUAGACGACCCCAUCUACUUCCUGAAUAGCGGGGAGCUCGUUAAGCUUGAUCGCGAACUUUUCCAAAGAAUCAUGAACGCCGAACUCCGACUUUAAGCGCUGUGAUCUCGAAUAGAUCAAUAGGACGUGGCGAUGUUGUCACGGGCUUUUGUACCGAAGCGCGACCUCGCGGUCGACGCCUCAAUCGUCGAUCAUUAUCAGAGGUUUCCAAAUGACUGCUCAUAAUCAAAUGCUUCUGGAAACAUCUUCGAAAGUUAUCCCAUGUUUUUGUCCAAAACUCCCGACGAGCCGACUCUCUCAUCGAGUGCGUGAUAAGUGAUUCCGAUAGGCCGACUUCUCAUAAUCGGAGCAGCUCAAAAUCAGAAGAAAUCAGAAAUUCGCCGAUUCCGCGACCCGGACGCUCUACAAGAAUAUCUCGCCGAGUGUGAUCCGAAUAUAAUGUGGCUCGCUUCCCGUAAGACCUUCCCGCAAUAAGGCGAAAUUGACUGGAUGAAAUUGACGCGGCAGGAGAGGUACAAGGUGAUUGGGUCAGAAUAUUUGCCAGACUUUGCUCGGUGAGCCUCAUACUCCGACUUUUCCUUCCUUCCGCGGACCCUCAAUGAUCGUAGAUUCGAAAAGCGAUUGCACAUCAGGAGAUCAGACUGCUCUAAAUAUUUGCAUUCUCGGAAAUGUCGCUCGGAAUCAUCAAGGGGCAUGAGCUGAGACGAUUUCGCCCCACAUUUAGCUUUUGUAGUGUAGCUGGAAACCGAUGAUGGCCGACCGGGGACCGACAAUCGAACCACAUGCGGCCGCUCUCGGUGGGCUUGAGCGGAGUGAGGGUAGAAGAGGAAGGGAUUUACAGAGCUCGUGUAGAUCCUCGCAGCCGACAAAGAUCUCUUUCCUGACAUUCGUCCCAUAUGCAAACGUAGACGGUUAUGUUGUCGCGCUGACAGACGGUCUCGAUUGGGAUGGGGCUAGUCAAAGGAAUGAGACCGACGCUUGAGCGCCAUCCGAUCUAUCGUCUCUUAGGAGGAGAGGAAAUUUAGGGUACCGUUUAUGCUAGCGUAUCUCCUCUCCCACCAGACGACUUAACUCAAAUUUCGUUUAUCCACUUCUGGCUCUUGAUCGUGGCGUAGCUAAUUGUGCGUCCCCGCACCCCCAUAAUGUAGGUAUGGAACCGUGAUAAGAAUCCCAAAGACGAGCAUGCUGGUAUUCGAUUCCCAUCCUUUGGUAGCACCCCUCAUUACUACUCAAUAAACAGCGUGAUUGAG